AUGUCCGGCGCAAGGCAUUGGGAACAAGACAAGGAGGCGACGGUAUAUAUUGGUAAUUUGGACGAACGAGCUUCAGACAGCCUAGUAUGGGAGCUCAUGCUCCAAGCUGGGCGCAUCGUGAAUGUCCACCUACCAAAAGACCGCGUGACGCAGUCGCAUCAAGGAUAUGGGUUCGUCGAAUUUAUUAGCGAGGAAGAUGCGGAGUAUGCCUCGAGAGUUAUGAAUGGAAUUCGCUUGUUUGGCAAACCAAUCCGUGUGAACAAGGCAUCGGCAGACAAACAGAAGUCCGUGGAAAUCGGGGCAGAACUCUUCGUUGGAAACUUAGACCCAAUGGUCUCGGAGCAAAUGCUCUAUGACACCUUCAGCCGUUUCGGCAAUUUGGUCAACCUACCCAAGGUUGCUCGCGACGACAACAGCCUCUCCAAGGGCUACGGAUUCGUUUCCUUUGCCGACUUCGAAUCCUCCGAUUCUGCCAUCGCCAACAUGAACGGCCAGAUUCUGAUGAACAAACAAGUAACCGUUCAAUAUGCCUACAAGAAGGACGGCAAGGGCGAGCGCCACGGUGACGAAGCCGAGCGAAUGUUAGCGACACAAGCUCGGAAGCACAACAUCCAGCAACCGACCCAGCAGAUCGUCGUUCCCCCGCCGGAGCACCUCCAGGAAUUCCAAAUGGUGACAGCUCACGGCCCGUCAGCACUGGCCCCCCACCGACUCCUGAUUUGGGAGUGGGGAGAGGUAUGCCUCCGAUGGGAUACCAAAAUGUUCCUCCUCCUCCGCAAAUGCGAGCCGCGCCGCCUGGUGCUGCUCCCCCUUCUCUUGCUGCUCCGCCACCGGGUUUACCGGCUCGACCGCCGCCUUCUCAAGUGGGAUACGGUGGUCCCCAGGCAUACGGGGCUCCGGGGUAUAAUGCCGCGCCGCAGCAACCACCGCCAGGAUUUGCGCCUCCAGGGUUCGUUCCGCCAACAGGUGCCACCGGUGCGCCUCCUCCGUUACCGCCUGGCUUCCAGCAGGCUGGAUAUGGAAAUGGCCGAUGAGUAUGAGUUAUCUUGGAAUUUUCCGACUUUUAGCCCUUUCGUCACUCUCGAUACCCUCAUUGGAACUGAUUUUGUGAUGGGUCUUCCCUUCCGGACCUGCGUCAAGACCCUAUAA